AUGUACGCUCCAACAUAUGGGUACUCGCCGGGCAAUCCGUCUGCCUCCCAGCAGUUCCAGAAUGGCAGCUCGCAGCAGCAGCCGUCUCCUCUCCCUCCCUCGCAUAACCCGCAGCAACACCAGCAGCAUCAGCAACACCAACAACAGCCGCCCGCUCACCCCCACCUCCAGCAGCAGCACUCCUCCCAUCAGCAACAACCUCCGGGCCAGCAGCCUCAGCACAUGAUGUAUAACGCUCCAGCUCCCUCGCAGUAUCAACAGCCCAUCGGCGGCAUUCAUCAGUCGCCCUACGCCGCGUCUGGUCCGAGCAUGGGUGGAAAUGCAGGCGGGAUGGGCAUGAUGCAGAACAACGGUAUGGCGCAUAUGGCUGGUUCCCAUGUACCAACAUAUCAGACACCCUACUCCAGCUCGCCCUACGGAGCUAGCAUACCUACCUCCUCUCCCUCCAAUAUGCUACCCAAUUAUAUGACGAGCACUUCUGGCGCGCCAUCUUUUCCAAUGGCUACUUCAAAUAUGAACAUGAAUCCGCAACAGCAGCAUCAAGCUCAGCGCAUGCAACCUCCUCCCAAUGCCUCGACCCCCACACCUGGCGCAAGAGCCUCACCCUUUCCUGGCAUGCCUAUCAAUACUCCUCCAAACGCAUCGUCCGCCCAGUCGCAGUUUUCCACGCCUCAGAGCCAACCGCAACCACUCUUACAGACUCCGAAUAAUCAACAGAAUCAGGGUGGAGGUCAUGGAGGUACAAUAUUAACACCACAAACACCCAACUUCCCUCCAGGUUCGCAAAGCGCAAAUGCGACCAACAACCCCGCCUCACCGUUAAGUCCAGGUUCACAGUCUAAAGAGAAGGAGCGGGUCUCAAUAUUGCUGGAUAUCAAUACGGAAUUAUUGAUGGAAGUUAUUCAUCUGAAGACUUUACAAAAGGACACAGGCGCCCCGGAAGCGGGUGCGGAUAAGGAAAAGUCGAACCUGGCUUAUCUUGCCGCGAUUGCGGACCGAUCACAUAAACCAUCCUCUCAGAUACCCGCGCAUCCUGCGAUGAUGCUUCCACCCCCAAUAAAACUACGAGCAACAAGUAGUAUUCCGACCAGUUCACCGAGCUCCGAGGACAAGGAGGAAGCGGCGGAUGCCAAGAAGUCAGAGACUAAUGCAGAACGCAUUGAGUCACUGAAAGAUUACUAUAAGCAAUUGCAGGCUCUGUUUCCAGGUGUAGAUCCAAAUAAGGAACCCCCUAUACCGCAGCCAAAUCCAGCUGCUAGGAUGCAAGCUCAACAGAUGGGGGCACAGCAGCAGAUAGCAGGCCAGCAAAACCCGCAAGCAGGUAAACAGCCGCAGAUGCCAGGCCAAACCCAAGGUCCCGACCUCAAUCCACAACAACAAAAAAUGCAACAAGAGAUGUUACGGCAGAAGAUGAUGCAACAACAGCACACUCAGAAUCAAAUAGCGCAGGGGAUGCAAGGGAUGAAUUCUCAACCUUCUCAAAAUCGGUAA